UCUUCUCUUUGUCAAAAUGCAUCGUACAUCGCUUGGUAUCAAAACGGAACCAAAUCCUUCGUUUUUUGAUCAAAGUGCGAGCUUAAACAACGUUAAUUUAUGUUACCACGAUAGAAAUUAUGUUCACAACGAGAUAUUUUACUUAAAUCCAAAUUUCUAUGGUAGUUUUGAAUGUGUUUUCAAUGGGGACAGUGCAGAAUACUAUGCUUUGCAAAAGCAACCUUGUCAUAAUGAGUUUUGGGGUAAUAGUGGAAAUAGAAGCGAAGUUAGGUGGGAGGAAACUUGUGAAAAUAAGGAAAAAAUUGAGGGGAGUUGUGGAGAAUAUAAUGAAUUAACUGAAGAUGGUUUACAACAAUUUCACCUUGAUGGUGAUGAAGCCUUUGUUGAUGUUCAUUCGGUGGAGAGUUCUAGCGAUAACGAAAUCAAACGCAGGCUUGCCAGGAAACAGAGAAAAGAAAGAACCGCUUUCACCAAAUCCCAAAUUACAGAACUGGAAAGAGAAUUCCUCAAUUCGAACUAUCUAACUAGAUUGAGAAGAUACGAAAUAGCUGUGGCCUUGGAUUUAACUGAAAGACAGGUAAAAGUAUGGUUCCAAAACAGAAGGAUGAAAUGGAAACGUACUAGGUGCGGCCAAAUAUCAAAGAAAUUGUUUAAAGCUAAAAAUAAGUGUUAAUUAAGCGCUUGUAUGUAUAUAAAUAAUGUAACAUCUUUUAAAUUUAAGUUUGUAAUGAUAAUUUUAUAUAAAAUGUAUGUGUGUAGGUUUAAUUAAAAUUAUAUAUUUAUUGGCAUCAUCUAUCUGCAGUGGUCAAAUU